GGCUGCGAAGGGAACUCGGUGGCGGCGGCGGGGGGCGGCGGCCUUGCGGAGGUGUCAUGGCUGCAGCCGCUGCUGAGCUUAGUCGCUCUAGCCUCGGUGACCGGAGCCUGGAAGCGAACGGCAGCCCCAGUGCCUCCCAGGAGGUGCUGUGUGAAAUCUUCCGUUCCUGCCAUACUCUGGCCACACAACUUAACCUCAAAGAUGAUGUGGUGAAAAUUACAGUCGAUUGGAACAAGCUCCAGGGUCUUUCAGAAAUACAACCUGCUUUGCUCUUUAGUGCACUUGAGCAACACGUCCUGUAUUUACAGCCCUUAUUAGCAAAACUUCAGCCUCUGAUUAAAGAGGAGGCUAUAACUGUUGUUGAAGAGAAAGAAAAAGCAGAAACAGGGAACAAGGAUGAAGUCAAUGCCAGAUUCCCCAUUGAUGGCCUUCAAGAGGAAGAAAAACAUGAAGAUUGUGAUCUAGGAGAUGUGAAAAAAAUCAAGAGCCAUUUUGAUCCAGAAAUAGUCCAAAUAAAGGCUGGAAAAGCAGAAAUUGAAAGACGAAUAUCUGCAUUUAUUGAAAGGAAACAAGCUGAAAUCAAUGAAAAUAAUGUCAGGGAAUUUUGCAAUGUUAUUGAUUGUAACCAAGAAAAUAGUUGUGCAAGGACUGAUGCCGUUUUUACCCCUUACCCUGGAUUUAAAAGUCAUGUAAAAGUUUCUAGAGUUGUGAAUACGUACGGACCCCAGACUAGACCAGAAGGAAAUCAAGGGUCAGCUCACAAAUCUAACAGCCUGCUCCGAGAUUGUGGGAAUCAGGCUGUGGAAGAACGACUACAGAACAUUGAGGCCCAUUUGCGUUUGCAGACAGGUGGUCCAGUGCCAAGGGACAUUUACCAGAGAAUUAAAAAACUUGAGGAUAAAAUUCUUGAAUUGGAAGGCAUCUCUCCUGAGUACUUUCAGUCUCUGAACUUUUCUGGAAAAAGAAGAAAAGUGCAGCCUCCCCAACAGAACUACUCACUGGCUGAACUUGAUGAGAAAAUUAGUGCCCUGAAACAAGCCCUGCUCAGAAAAUCAAGAGAAACAGAAUCCAUGCAGCUUACCACCUUCCAUGAAAAUUGACCCUCCUUUUGUCAUCUUACUUGCUUAUGUGUGUAGUGCGCAUGUAGUGUGAUUCAGUAGACAGCUGCAUCUUUACCUGCAUAGGCGUCCUUCUGAAGUCAAGGAUUCGUUCCGUGUGAGUCCAGUGGUUAUCUUCAAAGAUUCCAGUGAGCUUUGGAAUAAUGCAUUUUAUGAACCUCAUUUUCAGAUUUUACUCCCUUCUGUUUUAAAGGAGGUACUUUGGGAACUGAAAAAAAAUGGUUUGGAAGUUUGUCUUUUUGUGUAAGUUCAGAAAUAUGUCAUCCUUCCCUAGAAAGGAAGAUUCAUUUUCAGUAAUGAAAUUCAGAACUUUAUAUUUGUAGCACCAGUGUUAGUUUAAAUCAGUAUUUUGUACAUAAUUAGGUAAAAUAAAUUUUAAAAGGCUGCAUACAAUUUCUUUUUUUAAUGUCAAUAAACAGUAUAUUGUACCUUUA